AUGGGCGUUUGGGAUGAAGUCUUACCGUUAGUAGAGUUCACCUACAACAACAACUUCCAGUCCAGCAUUGGAAUGGCUCCCUUCGAAACUUUGUACGGACGUAAGUGCCGCACACCACUUUGUUGGUUCCAGGAAGGAGAGAAUGUGCUAACUGAACCUGAGCUCAUCCAGCAAACUACCGAGAAAGUGAAGUUAAUUCAAGAAAGGCUGAAGAUGUCCCUUAGCAGGCAGAAGUCCUAUGCGGAUAGAAGAAGAAGACCUUUGGAGUUCGCUGCAGGAGAUCAUAUCGGACCAGUGGUGUAUGAACUAGCUUUGCCUCCUCAACUAUCAAAUCUUCAUCCAGUCUUCCACGUUUCCCAACUCCGGAAGUACAUAGCCAAUCCUUCUCAUAUCUUGGAGCUGGAAGAUGUUCAACUGCGCCACGACCGAACGCUAGAAUUGCAACCUGUUCGCGUGGAAGACAGCCGCACCAAGCUAUACAAAGGAAAGGACGUUCGUCUAGUUAAAGUGGUGUGGGAUGCGAAGACUGGCGAUUCAACAUGGGAAGUGGAGGAUGCUAAGAGAGAUUUGUAUCCCCCCUUAUUUAUGGAAGGAGAAGCCACUCUAGAGGACGUGAUCGAGGGAGAAGAAAACUUAGUUGAAGUGGAAGUGAAAGCGGAGCAGUAG